AUGAGCCAGCGGGAGAACCAUUGCCUCGUGAAAGAAAAAUCUAAACACGUAGCUUACUGUCUGAGUCAUCUGUGCUGCCCGGGCUGCCCCACCGCAAAUCCGGAGCUGGUGGGGUGUGAAUCACAGACACUUAAUAUUGCUGGUCCAUUCCACAGAUUCCAAAGGAAGCAAGCAAUUGAAUAUUAUAAACAAGUGAUACAAAUAAAGGAAAAUGCGGGGACUUUCGCCAACUCCUCACUCGUCAGGAAGCAGCUAAGCAUUAGCCUCAGUGACACCUUGUGUAAAUUAGCAGGUCAGUUAUUGAUAAGUGACUCUGGUCACCACGUCAUGACUGAAGCAGUGGCCUAUUUGUACAGAUCACUUGAUUUAAGGGCGACCUACCUGGGAUCUUCUCAUUCAUCAAUCCAUGGAAUCUUGCAGCUUCUGAGGGAAAUUGAGUGGAUCAGGAGUAGGAGAUGUUGGCCUCAAGGCAAGAGGCGGCAGCAUUCUGAGGGUUCUAGGAAUGGCACCUCGUUAUGGGAACACUUGCUUAAAUUAAACUACCACAGUGCUCAGAGUUCUAAUACAGUGAGCUCUGUAAUAUGCAUGAAUGCAGAUAAGCUACAGAGAGCUAAAAGCAUGGACUUGGCAUCUCACACAAUUUCAGAUAAAUCCAAAUGUGCCUCUGGGAAAGGGAAAAAGGUCUUGAGACCCAUUAUUUCCGUUUCUAUUGAGGAGAAGACCCCACGGAAGACACAAAAUAAUGUUGAGCUAUGGAAUGGCCCAGAGAAAGAAGCUUCACUGAAAAAGCAAGAUUAUUCCUCUAAGAUCUUAUCUUUGGGUAAAAUGGAUGGUGUAGUCAAGCUUUCAUGGCAAAGGAUUUUGUCAGCUAAAGGCAAGAGUGAAAAAGGCCAAAUCACCACAAUUUACCCGCAUCCCUUGGUAAUAGGAUCUCUUAGUACAAAUAAUCCCUUUUCCAUAUCAGAAAAGUGGCUUUUUCAUAGCCCAGAUUACAGUUCAAUUUCCCAGAAGAGUUUUUUUGAGAGACGACCUCAGUUUGAAACCAAAUUGUCGAAGACCUCAAAUGAUACUAAUAAAGUAUAAAAAUUAC